UUCGCGUUCGGCAUUCAUAAUACCAAUAUAUCUAAUAAAUAGCUAAUAAUAACUGUAUAGACGUAGUUCUAUUUCUUUCACAUUGUAUCAUAACCUAAAAACUCAAAGUUAUACGAUUCCGAAGAUGAGGAAGUUCACUCCAUUUCUACGACCAAAAAUCCACGUACAAUUUUUUAGAGACGCCAGUACGUCUUACAAACAAUCCUCUGCUGAAUAUUGUAUGGACUUAGUGAGAAAGAGUGACUAUGAAAAUUUUCUAUGUACUCUCUUAUUAACAAAUAAUAUUGUACCAGCAGCAUUUGCUGUACGAGCAUUUAAUAUAGAAAUUGCUCAAAUUCAGGAUCAAGUCCAUGAAAAUAAUAUAGGAAUAAUGAGGUUCAAGUUUUGGGAAGACUCUCUCAAUAAGAUAUAUGAUGGUGUUCCACCUAGGAGUCCCAUAGCCUUGGAAUUGCACAGGGUAUUACAAAGGUAUAAACUUUCAAAAAGAUACUUCAAGCGUUUAAUCCACUCUCGUGCUGAAAGGAUGGGCCUCUCAACAUUUGCAGACUUGGAAUCCUUGGAAAAGUAUUCAGAGAAUACAGUUUCAUCUAUUUAUUAUUUAUUACUGGAAGCUAAUGGUAUACAAAAUAUACAUGCAGAUCACGCUGCUAGUCAUCUUGGUAAAGCACAUGGGAUUGUUACAUUGCUUCGUUCUAUUCCUCACAAUGCUCAAAGAAGAGUAAUAGUUCUUCCACGGGACAUAUUAAUGAAACACAAUGUCUCAGAGGAAAACAUUUUUCGUGGAAAAUCUGGACAGGAUUUAAGUAACACAAUUUUUGAUGUUGCGUCUCAAGCAAAACAGCAUCUAGACAAAGCUCGAAAAUUAAAAAGUGAUGUGCCCAAGGAUGCUAAAUUAAUUUUCCUACCAGCUACCUGCAUUGAUAUAUAUUUAGAAAAACUACAAAAAGUGGACUUUAAUGUCUUUGAUCCUAGUUUAUAUGUACGUAAUAAUUUACUCCCGUUACAUUUGUUACGGCGUAAACUAUUUUCGAGUAAUUAUUAAGGACACAUGUAGCUGUUAGGUAAAGAGAAAAUUGAGGUGUAUAAUAUUUGACUUAUCUUAAUAAAGCACUUCUAUCCCAAGUUACAUGGUA